AUGGGAGCCGGGGCCAGUGCCGAGGAGAAGCAUUCCCGAGAGCUGGAGAAGAAGCUCAAGGAAGAUGCUGAGAAGGAUGCCAGGACCGUCAAGCUGCUGCUGCUGGGAGCAGGGGAGUCGGGGAAGAGCACCAUUGUCAAGCAGAUGAAGAUCAUCCACCAGGACGGUUACUCGCUGGAGGAAUGCCUGGAGUUCAUUGCUAUCAUUUACAGCAACACGCUCCAGUCCAUGCUGGCCAUCGUGCGGGCCAUGAGCACCCUCAACAUCCAGUAUGGGGACACAGCUCGCCAGGAUGAUGCCCGCAAGCUGCUGCACCUCUCGGACACCAUCGAGGAGGGGACCAUGCCUAAGGAGAUGUCAGAAAUCAUCGGGCGGCUCUGGAAGGACUCGGGCAUCCAAGCCUGCUUUGACCGCGCCUCCGAGUACCAGCUCAAUGACUCUGCGGGCUACUACCUGUCAGACCUGGAGCGCCUGGUGACCCCCGGCUACGUCCCCACAGAGCAGGACGUGCUGCGUUCCCGCGUCAAGACAACUGGCAUCAUAGAGACCCAGUUCUCCUUCAAAGACCUCAACUUCAGGAUGUUCGACGUGGGCGGGCAGCGCUCAGAGAGGAAGAAGUGGAUCCACUGCUUUGAGGGUGUGACCUGCAUCAUCUUCAUCGCGGCUCUCAGUGCCUACGACAUGGUCCUGGUGGAGGAUGAUGAAGUGAACCGCAUGCAUGAGAGCCUGCACCUCUUCAACAGCAUCUGCAACCACCGCUACUUUGCCACCACCUCCAUCGUCCUCUUCCUCAACAAGAAGGACGUUUUCCUGGAGAAGAUCAAGAAGGCCCAUCUCAGCAUCUGCUUCCCUGACUACGACGGUCCCAACACCUACGACGAUGCGGGCAACUACAUCAAGCUGCAGUUCCUGGAGCUGAAUAUGCGGCGGGACGUGAAGGAGAUCUACUCCCACAUGACCUGCGCCACCGAUACCGAGAACGUCAAGUUCGUCUUUGACGCCGUCACUGACAUCAUCAUCAAGGAGAACCUCAAGGACUGCGGGCUGUUCUGAGCCCCAGCCGAGCACCCCCUCCCCUGGGGACCAGCCCCACUGCUGACCCCAUUCCACCUCCACAGCCAUCUCUGCUUGCCCCCGCCCCCUGGGAUUUGACCUGCUCAGCUCCAAAGCCACCCCUGGUGAAGGGGGGGGCACAAUCUCACUCCCCCUCCCCACUAACUCUCCCACCAGUCAGCACUGUAGGGCUCCCAGUUCUGCUGGGGG